AUGUCGGUGGCUGUGCCAUUUUUCACUGUGGCUGUGUGCCCCCCCUCUCUCUCAGACUGGCAGAUUGCCACGCUGGUCCUGUUGCUGGGUGGUGCAGCCCUCAUCCUGUUCUCCUUCCUGGUGGCCCUGGUGUCAGUGUGUGUCGGUUCCAGGAGCCACUGCUACAGACCCAUCGCUGUCAUGCUGUUUGCUGCAGGUACAGUAUUGAAUCUUCCUUAUUCUCUUAUUUUCUUUUCAUUUCAUGUGCUCCAUUUCUCUCCUUCACUCACAUCCUCCUCUCUCCCUAACAGUGGUGCUCCAGGUCUGCGGUUUGAUCCUCUACCCCAUUAAGUUCAUUGAGACGGUCAGCCUGAGGAUAUACCACGAGUUCAACUGGGGCUAUGGCCUCGCCUGGGGGGCCACCAUCUUCUCUUUUGGAGGGGCCAUUCUCUACUGCCUCAACCCCAAGGACUAUGACGACUACUACUAA